AUGGCGCAGUCCAUAGAAAUGUGUUUGCCAAAGGACCAGCUGAAAAAACGGCUGACCUGCCUGGUCUGCAAGGACAUCUUCAAAGAUCCUUACCAGCUGCCUUGCCCCACCCUGAAUAAAUACACGGCCAACCCUUUCCUGCAUGUGUCUGAUGAUCUCCUCACGGUUCGGAGGCUGAAGAACCCCCAAUACUACCCUCCACACCCCUUACGAUUCACAGAGGAUCCCCAGGUCUUGUCCACCCAGUGUGCAUCACAUGGCAGACACUACUGGGAGCUGGAGGCAGAGGGCUCCUGGGACAUCGCUGUGACCUACGAGACCAUCACCACAACAUUAAGUGCAUUUGGGACAGACGCGCAAUCUUGGAGUCUGAGGCAUGAUAGCAAAGGGCGCCUCUUUGCCUACCACACAGGAGAAAGGCAAAGAAUACACAAAUCCCUGACACACAACACAAUUGGGGUAGUAGUUGACUUUUAUGAAGGUGAAAUCAUUUUCAAAGAGAUGGGUACCACAUAUAACCACCUGCACACAUUCGAAGUCGACCUAAACCAGCCCGUGUGUCUUGGACUAGGACUGUUUCGGCCAGACCUCAACACCACAAUUUCUGUGAAGAAGAACUAUUCUGGAUGAAACAAAACACCUAUUUCACCUGUUUCAGUUACAAUAAAGCCGUUGGCGCUAUGCUAAUUCAUUCAUCUAAAUCAGGGGUAUCAAACUCAUUUUGGUCCGGAGGCCGCAUAUAACCCAUGUGGACCUCAAGCGGGCCGCAUUAGUGACAUCAUCGCAAAACAAAUUACCCUUAAAGCAGAGGAUUAGUUUUCAGUACUAUCGCGUUAUCUUUUCAGCAUGUUUUAAAAGUGUUAUGAAUAUGUAGAAAGCAAAGCAAUAUUGAUAAUCCUAUGCAACAUUUUGUUGAGUUCAUUAAUUCAUUGCCCACCGCCAAUGACUGAAAUACGGGACAGUUCUUUUUUGCGGGGGUUCUGGGGGAAGACCCAGCUCAAUACUAACCAAUAAAAAUACAAACAUAUUUAUUA